AUGUUUGCAGCCUUCAGCAAUAGAAGCUUGUGUGUGUGUGGGCAGCAGGCGUUCAAGACAGAGCCACGUAAUGUGACGGUCAGGGUGGGGGCCACAGCUCUGCUGAAGUGUGAAGUGCUGAGGGCCUCAGGGGCCAUGCAGUGGGUUAAAGAUGGGCUGUUCCUGGGACCUCAGAGAUCGCUGCCUGGCUACCCACGCUACAGCAUGACAGGAGACCAGCAGAAAGGCCAGUACCAUCUUCAAAUUCUCAACGUGAGUUUGGAAGACGACGGCCCCUACGAGUGCCAAGUGGGCCGGUCCGUGAGCAGCCACGCCAUCGUGUCCCGCACAGCCUGGCUCAAUGUGCAGAUCCCGCCCUCACAGCCGUACAUCCAGCUGGAGUCUGAUGAGCCGUGGGUGGAGGGAGACGAAUACACGGUGACCUGCAUCGCUCCUGAUGCAAAACCUCCUGCAGAAAUCACCAUGUUCAGAGAUGUAGAGGAGCUGACGGAACCCGAUUCUUUCACAAUGUCAGGCUCACAGGAUAAACUUCUGAACACUCAUGCUGAAGUCAUCAUCAGGGCACGAAGUUCAGACAACGCACGGCAGCUGACAUGUCGAGCGAAGAACCCAGCUGCUCCUCGAGCUCUCGAGACUAGCAUGACCAUGAGGGUAUACUUUCCCCCGCAGGCUCCGGUGAUCAUGGGAUUAGAAAAUGAAGAGGUCAAAGCUGGUUCCUUUCUCAGGGUGGUGUGCAUGUCGUACGGGGGCAACCCACUGGCCACUCUGCAUUGGACUAAGAACGGAGAAGUCCUGUCCACUAGCUGGGAAGAGGACGUUGUGUCACGUCGGUCCAGUAGUGUGUUGAAAAUGACGGUGAAGCAAGAGGACAAUCAUGCUGUGCUGCGGUGCGAGAGCGUCAACCAAGUGUCUCGUUCACCAAUGUCCCUCACACGCACUCUGAGCGUCCUUUUUGAGCCAGCCAAGGUAGCGCUACUAGGCUCCUUUGAAGCCAUAGAGGGAGAGGAGAUCAAUCUGCUCUGUUACACUUCCUCUAGUAAUCCUCCGGUCCACAUCCGCUGGUGGCUCGGGUUCAGGGAGCUCAACAGUACGGAUGUUACCAUCUCUGAGGGGGAUAAUGGUGGGAUGAUGACGAUGUCUAACUUGACGCAUAAAGUGUCACGUGAGGACAACGGUCUUUCUCUGACUUGUGAGGCGUUCAACAAAGGCACCCACUUCUCUAGCGUUCGGUCUGAAGAGCUCAUUGUUUACUAUCCUCCUCAGAAGGUGUGGAUAGAUGCUCCUCCACCGAACGUCUUCUUACACUCUGGGACAACUCUUCGUUUGGUCUGUUUCUCCAGUGGUGGCAAUCCCACAGGUCAGCUGGUCUGGUUGAAGGUGUGUAGUGGUAUGAACGUUUUUCAUGACAGUUACAGAUAUGUUUUUUUAGCUCUGCCAUUAAAUAAUCCUCUGUCUGUGUGCACCUACCGCUGUGACUCCUCCAACAAAGCCAAGAAAGUUCUGUCUGCCCAGACCAAACUCAGGGUUCUGUUUCCGGCAGUGAGCGUGAAGGUCGUGGCCAAGCAGCAGGAGCUGCGCAGGGGUCAGACGCUGGACCUGGACUGCCUGGCCGGAAGCAGCAAUCCCACUGCAAAUAUCAGCUGGAGUUUGGGCCCCGUCAUGCUGAAGGGAGUUGACCAGGCUCCUAAAAAGGCUGAAUUUGGUGGAAUGUCCCGAACCAGUAAGCUUGCCCUCACUCUUGAGUCCCAUCACUGGAAGAAAAGGAUCACCUGUCAGGCCUUCAGUAACGUGCUGUCCGAGGGUGUCAACAGCUUCUACACUCUCAAUGUGCUCUGUGAGUUUUCUGAACACCUCUGUGAUUCACCUGUUCUGUGUGGGUUGUGUCACGUCUGUAUGUCUGUGACAGAAAGAGAUCCUCGUUAUCACUUCGACGACUGGACCCUGGAAAUCGUGAACGUUUCUCGGCAAGACGGGGGCGAAUACAUCAUAGAGUGUUCCAACGCUGAGGGGAAGAACCGCACAAAGCUCAAGCUGGAUGUACAGUAUGCCCCUACUGUUCGUAUGAAGUCUGAUCCUGUGUAUGUGAACGUGGGAGACACCGCUGACUUACUGUGUGUCGCUGAUGCCAACCCCAUCACCUACAGUAUGUUUUCCUGGAAGUGGAUGGGUGAAGGGGAAGUCGAUGAUCUGGGAGAGGAGAGUGAAGAUGAAGGCACUGGUUUGUUAACUCUUUAUGAGGUGACCCGUGACCGGGCAGGUUUUUACAAGUGUACAGCGGACAACGGCAUAGCGCCUCCUGGCAGUGUGGAAGGACAGCUCAUCGUACGCUUUGCUCCAGAGCUUCAGAAGGGGCCGCAGUGGAGGAAGGUGGCCAGCCGAGGGGACGGCAGCAGCGAUGCAAAUGUGGUUUGUCAGGCACGAGGCGUUCCUCGUGUCCACUUCACCUGGGCAAAAAAAGGAUUCCCUUUAGACCUCGGCAACCCCAGGUACGAGGAGAAGACGGAGGUGACAGGGACCGUCCACACCAGCAUUCUGACUGUCAUAAACGUGAGCGCAGCGCUGGACUACGCCAUCUUCACCUGCACCGCCCACAACAGCAUGGGAGUGGACUCUCUAGACAUCCAGCUCCUCAGCACCAACCACCCCGAUCCCCCAUCAGACCUGAAGCUGCUCCGUGUCGAUCAUAACUCUGUAACUCUGGAAUGGAUGCCUGGAUUUGACGGUGGUUUGACACAGAACUUCCGUGUCAGGUACCAGUGGGCGGGAUCAGCGAGUUUCAUGUAUGUGGACGUGUUUCCUCCGACAGCUACUGUGUAUACAGUCACAGGCCUCAACCCUUCCACUACGUACAACCUUUCAGUCAACGCUAUCAAUACAAUGGGAGAGAGCAGCUAUGCAGACAACAACAAAAUCCUGACCGUCACCACUGCCGAUGCAGAGAAAGCAGAUGACGGGGUCUCCCCAGCAGACCAGGACUCAGCUCUUGCAGGUCGCGGUCUUCCUGUCUAUGUGGUGGUGAUCCUGGUUGUGGGCGGUCUUCUGUUGUUCCUAAACCCUCUGAGCUGCUUUCUAUUCGCCAAAUGGAAAAGAGGGCGGAGCCUGAAAGAGGACACCAGGAGCAUUUCACAGGAGACGAAAAGCGAGGAGCAGAGGUCCACGGCGAGCGGCUCAACCCGCUAUGCGAGCAGAGAGCUUAUCAACGCCUCGGCACAGCGAACACUCCUCAUUGACAGCAGCUCCGAGCCUGACAGCAGCGUCUAUGAGAGCUACGGACGGCAGGAGAGUUCUCAUUAUUACUACCCAAGUGAGGCCUACAGUCCUGCCCUGUUUACUCACCCUGAAGGGCCUGAGGAUCAUGAUGGCAGACACGGCACAAACCCUCUCACUCACGACUAUGAGGAGGUGAGAGGCUGGGGGACGUCCGAGGACCUGCAGGGCUACUCACUGCUGCCCCCUGCUGCCCAAUUUCAUCCUCGAGCACCAGUAUCCACCUACUAUGAGGGAAGGGCAUACGGUAAAGCUGAUGUGGACGUAACAGCAGGAGUUUAUGAUUCUAUGGUGUACAGACGCAGAAGAGACACAGACUUGCCGUUUGAGCUCAGAGGGGAGCUGGUUUAA